CAUAUACCCCUCUUCAUGUCCCACACCAUUAGCCAACUUUUAUAACUUCUAGCAAGAUUCCCUCAUGGAGACCGUGGAAACCACCGAGGUGACCACCACCACCACCACCAGUUCCGGCAAGACCAUACCGGAAUCCGGUUAUGUUCCUCCCAGCCCUCCCCCCAACUUCUUCGCUUUGGAUUUCGCUCUAAGGCUUCUCCUCCUGGCGGCGACGGUGGCUGCCCUGGUGGUACUGGUUACCAGCAAGCAAACCAUAAGAGUAGCCACCAACUUACCCCAACCAUUUUCGUUUGCCACCCGUAGUGCCUAUUUCAAAAACUCUCCAGCCUUGAUAUACCUAUUGGUGGCGCUUUCAGUCGGUGUUUUGUACAGCAUCAUCACGAUCCUUUCAUCCUGCUUUGCCAUCUCACGCCCCUCUCCAUCACCAAAGCUGUAUUUCCAUUUAAUUGUCUUUGAUGCAUUGAUGGCAGGUAUUUUGGCUUCAGCCACAGGUACUGCAGGAUCAAUUGCAUACCUUGGUUUGAAGGGAAACUCUCAUAUUGGAUGGACCAAGGUUUGCAAUGUCUAUGGAAAAUUUUGCAGGCACAUUGGGAGCUCAACAAUCGUUACUCUCGUGGCAUCAAUUGUCCUAGUCUUGCUUGUCGUGCUCUCAUCGUACUCGCUCUACCGUCGAAGCCAUUGAUCACAAACUUUAAAUCCAUUGGCCUUAUAGUUACCUUCUCCUCCUUGGCAUGUAAAAUGGUGUGAAGAGUUAUGCUCGCUACCUGUAAUCUGUAAGAUGUGUGUGAAUGUGUGUGUGUGUGUUGUGUAGUCUUGAACCUUGUUGUGUAAUUGUUGUUGUUUCAUCUCUUUGUUGAUUGUAAUCUGAUUGAAAACAACUUCUAUAGUUUGGAGCCUUUUGGAUUGGGUUGCUUCUAAAAUUUUACAUGAUUUAAUUUGG